ACGGUGGUCAAUUUACGUUUUCAACUCAGUUGUUAACACUAAAUCACCUGUUAUACUCUCUCACCGAAGCAGCACCACAGGUUCUUUAGAACUUACCCCCUUCAUUUACCUGUAUUUUGCCUUCUUUUGUCUCAUGAAAACAAAGGCGUUUAUUGUUCGUCUCGUGUCGCCUAAUGUUGUAAAGGAGAUUUCGCGAGUCAUCAGCAGCAACAAGUUUCUUUCUAAAAUGACUGACUUAAAUAUUUUCGCUCUAGCGACACAAAAGUACACGAUAGUUCCGUGUCAGUUGCUUGCGUCACUGACUACACCCGUCAUUUGGCGAAUAAAUAUUUGCUAUCGGUUUGUUGCUGCUCCAGCACGGAAAAAAAAAAUCCGCACCACAGAUUAGUGAUUGAAACGUUUUUUUUUCUUGUUUGCGCGAGAAAUGGAGCAACUGUCUCCUCAACGAUUUUUUCCUUCAUCCAAAUAAAAGGGAAAACUAUGCUACACACGUCAACUGAAUUAACAUAUCAUUUUACUGCGGUUAUCGCUACCAACAAACAGACGCUCAACUAACCCCGUCACGUGUGAAAGCGCGAGCGCCAUAUCUAAACUCUUUGGCAUAUAAUGUGAGCGAAUACCGUGUUCACUUCGGGAGGCGCAUAUUACAAUUUGAAACAAAUACCGUAAUUAGGAGUCGGUAAAGAGCAGAAUCAAAUCCUGAACAUGAUGUCUGAGGCCUGUUGUUUUGUUAAAAUGCUUUUUCGUCGAGUGCAAUUACGUCGUCGUCGCUUCGCUUCCAUAUUACUCAUCGUUUCCAGUGGAAUUGUGUUUGUAUUAUAUUUUGAGGCCUAUGGGUUUUUUUUCGGUUCCUCUCAAUCCACGUUUCCGAAGACUCGAGUGAAAUUUGUGAAACACGUUGGAAACUCUAGUUCUGCUUGUCGUCUGCCGAAUUUGGAUCCAUUCCACCCUAGCUUGAUGAAAUUUAUGAAAGAUCUUGGCAAGCUUCAGUGUAGUGGAGAGAGACAUUCGAACUUCAGAGAUAACGUCUUGGAAGUAAAAGGAGAAGGAUUACACUCUGUGCGAUACAGUGUGAUCGGACGACCACGCGGAGAUGAUUUCCACGCUGAACUAUCCGAUCCCAUCCAUUUGGUGAACGAGGCGCUUCCAGAGCAGAAGCAACGAAAGGCAAAUCUGGUAAGAAUUAUCUGUUUUUUAUUUGCUCGUUUAUUGGUUCAUUCGUUUAUAAACAGUGUUUGUUUAUUUAUGUUUAUCUAAGUUUCGAAUAUUAUAUGACGAUUUCUUAGUGGGACCAAGUGGCCGCGAUAUGUAAUUACAAAAUUUACAAACUAUAAUGUAAGCUUUAAGAACAGCCCCAUACUUCCUUAAGCAUACAGUCCUUGAACAAGAAUUUAAGAAAUGGCGGAAACGACACGUUGCCUCUGGAUAAUAUGGGCUUUAAAAUAUUUGCGAGAGGCCUUCUCGAGGAAGGAAGAGCCCGAGAGAGAACCCUGGGAACAAGGUUGUCGAUUUGUUGGACUUGGCUGUGCGAAGCGAUAGCGAUACAGUUAUAUUUGAGAACUACAUCCAUUGGAUACUGGGUUACUAUUCAUCUUUUUUUUUCCGCUAUCUGACGGUUUUGCGAUCAGUAACUCCCCCUCGAAAGGCCUCUUUAGCUUGAAUGUUUUGUUUACCCAUUUCAGGGCAGGUGACAAUACUCCAGGACUGUUGCUUUCCAAUUUUACGAGCAUCAGUACACACAAUUAACAAGAAGUGUACUGGGAAUUCCCUGGAGACCUAAAAUAGCUAAACAAAAAGUAGAAGCUAAAGAGGCAUAUUGUGUUCGGCCUCUGCCUGGCGUUGGGGGAUGGGGGGUGAGUGACUUAGAUUCCCUGUGGUCAUACAUCCUGGUAACAUGGCCUGGUUACAUAGUCAAAACUGCGAAGGCGGCCUCCCUUGUCUGCUUUAUUUCAAUUCUUUCUACUCUUGCCGACUUUAUUCCUAACGAAGCAAUCAUUUUCCUUUUGAUGUAAAACACGUAAUGACUGGUUCUGAGUGAAACGGUGAGCUUUUUUUUUUUUCAUUGAUUUGCACUUUCCCCGGGGGUGAGGCCGGUAGAACCGCUGAGCUUUAGAGGCCGGUAGAACCGCUGAGGGUUCGAGGAAGAAACAAACGUUUUCCCUUGGGUAAUUUAGUGUUAACUAACGUCAAUCGCUCUGACGAAGGGCUAACGCUCGAAACGUCAGCUUUUUUACUCUUUACGGUGGCUAAUUUACGUUUUCAACCCAGUUGUUAACACUAAAUUACCUGCUAUACUCUCCCACCGACGCAGCACCACAGUUUCUUUAGAAACUUACCCCUUUAUUCGUUUUCCCUUGGGGCCAGUCCUUAAGCGUUUAAAUGGAAUUAUCAUGGGAAUUAAUAAUUAGGUGUUUCUUGAACCCUUCUAUUCAAAAAUAAAAAUAUUUAAUAAAUAGCAUUUAAAAGAAAAUCAACUGCAAGCUAGAAAAAAAUAUACAAAUAUAAGACUCUGCCUCAUCUCAUGCAGGAGAGGAAAAAUUUAAAGGAUUAAGUCGUGAGGGCUUAACUUUUUAGUACCAAGCGCAUCUGACAACACAUUUUAUCAUCAUACACCGUUGAAAAUCUAUAUCUCUGUUUAAUAAAAUUGACAAAUUAAAUUCGCAAGCCGAUCGAGUUCGUUUCAACUAAACCCACCUUAUUUAAAAGAUAAUUCUCCUCCAGCUGGCCAAUGAUUCGAGAAGUUAACUUUUCCGCACUUGCAUAUUUUGUUUAUUUUAGUGGUCGAGGUUCAAAUCAUGGCUUCCAUUCUCAAGUAAUUCCAGUAAGUAGCGCUUAUGGUAAUUGCUGCGUUGUGUGUAAGAGAAUUUCGUGUAACUUUAUGUUUUCUGUUGUAUUAUGUCCAUCAUCUCAUGUCGUGUCAAGUGUAUCAUUUGACAAAAUGUCUUAUAUGUUUCGUCGUUUUUCCGAAGUCGGUCAAAUAACUGCGGUCUGGACUUGUGAUGUCAGCGAAGUCGAACCUAUCUUGUAAGCCUGCAGUGCAGGCGUCUUAUUAGUGCGAGCUAACUUUAUAAGCUCGCGAUCGUUUAUCCGACCAGCCAUGUUUGAUUUGCAGUUAGAGUGGACGGUGGGGGUAGGGGGCGGGGGAAGGGCGAAAAGACUCACUCCCCCACCGACCGCCCCCUUGGUACAAAUUUGUUUUUUUUCCCAGCCUUCCGCUGCCAUUAAAAUCAAAGAUGGCGGCCAUAAGUUUCGUUAUGAAAUUACUGAGCACUCGCUCGCCAGAAUUACGCCAGAUCUACAGGCUACUCUCUUGUUUACAGUAACAACAACAUAACACUUUGUUUUACUAGGGUAAAUAAUAAAGUGCGUGGUCGUCCGACAGACCGAAUUGGACUCCACUUAGUCCUAUCACCAAUGAAUCUUAAAAAUUACAAUUCUCGAGAAAAGAAGAAAGCCCCAUUUUAGGAGUCUGUACACUGUUUCUAUAGUGAUGAAAACCAAGGAUGUGAUUGGUCGAUAACAAACUGCUCGAUAACAAAUUCGCAAGUGAAUUAGUAGGGAAUAGGUACCUCCUACUAACCGAGUUCGAGGUCCGUACUGUAAGUUAUUUUCCCGCUCGGAUUCAUGAAUCGAACGGAUCUUAUAACUGAGAGAUAUGAUAAGAGUCUUUUAAACCAAUCGCUAUCGGGGAAAUUGUAAUUUUCUUGAUAAAGAUUAAAGCAACACAACAACAAACGCGUAAAGAGGAUCACAGAGGAAAUCGAAAUGUGGGAAGAACAUUAGCUACACACUAGGCUGCUCCUCGAGUGCUAUGUUUUUGUUCUUACGUCAUCUGUGAUUUACCACAGAAAAGACGCAUCCAAAUGGAAUUUAGUCACUGUUGUAGCUGUCCUGUCAUGUCACGCAAUGUCUUUCAUGAGAUGUCUGUCACGCAUAACAUUAUCAUUUGUUUCUUUGAUGUUCUCAACAUGUUACCAAGUCCUUUGUGAUCAAGGACUGAACAGAAAUAUGACAAAAUAGUACCUUUUCAUUUUAGUCAAUGCAUUGAUGGGCUAUCUGGUAAGUAAUAUCACUGAAGUUGUCGAGAGUGACAAAACACUAUUUGUAGGACGCUUGUCACUCUUUUGUACUCUAACAGAUCAUUAUCAUUAACCAAACACAGGGCACCCCAAAUUCCGUUUAUUGUAUAAAAUAGGAUAUUGCUAUGUUUAUUAUGGCUGCAUUGCCACGUUAUGUCUAUCAUAUGUCAUAUCCUGUCAUGCAUCUCAGGUGUCAUGUCGUUUCAUGUCUUAUAAUCCACCAAAUAUUUUUGCACGUGCGCCUUUGGUCUUAAAACAUCAUAUACGACCGAAUAUGCACCUGCUAAGACUGGUGAAUAUCCAAGGAUAUGUCCACGGACAAAUACCCUUGUAUAUUUGCGCGCCAAAUGGAGGCUGUUGUUUAUGUAUCAUGUUUCUAUUGUUGCGAUAACGAAAAUGUUUGUGAUUCUCCCUUACUCUAAGGGGCGUUUGUCGGAAAAGCAACAGUUAAAACUGACUUUGUGCGAGUGGAUGCGGGCAGGACUUGGGGAAGAACUCAAACGGACAUGCUCUUGCAAGUGUCUCCUAAAGAGGAAGUUUUAUCAAGACCUCUGAAGCCUGGUGGUAUUCCGCUCGAUGUCGCUCUGAUUAUGUUGGACUCUGUUUCUGAUGCUCACUUCAGAAGGAAAAUGCCUAACACUUUGAAGUAUUUGAUCGAACACCCGACCACAGUUUUUCUACAAGGUUAAGUUGCGGUGUCCUCUUUUAUAUACCAGUAUUUAUGUUAGCUAACGUUAGUCUCCGACAGAACAGUGAACUCAAGCUCACUGCAAACACUAAUAUUCUGACUCCAACUAAUUUCCAGGCGAGACAAUUGUUGGGGAUGGAACAACAGCCGCAAUGUCGGCUAUGCUCACCGGGAUAGCUGAAAAAAUGCAACCUGAAGCAAGAAGGAGUGAGCCUAAUGCUGAGCCGGUGGACAAGUGGAGGUGGAUUUUUAAAGAUUUCAAAGAAAAGGGAUACGCCACUUUAUUCUCAGAGGACGAUGCAAAGUUUGGCUCGUUUUCCUACCGUCUACACGGGUUUAAAGAGCCACCCUCAGAUCAUUAUAGCAGACCAUUUUGGUUAGAGGCCUUAAAAAUCAAAGAUGAUUAUUGUUUAGGUAGCCAAGCUGUUCAUAACAUCUCACUGGAGUAUCUUUUAAGCUUUUAUCGUGGAUACAAAGACAAACGGAAGUUUGCUAUAAUAGCAAUCAACAUAUGUCAUGACGAUCAGAAUGCCUUAGGUUAUGCUGACGAAGACUUAAAGAGCUUUAUAAAAAAGUUUGACGAAGAGUCCUUCUUGAAAAACACUCUUUUAGUUAUAUUUGGUGAUCAUGGAGCUAGAUUCUCUGUCCAAAGAAAGACAAUCCAAGGGAAGCUGGAGGAGAGACUUCCUUAUCUGUCGCUUACAGCUCCGAAGUGGUUCACAGAGAAGUACCCAGAUUUAUACACCAAUUUGAUGCAUAAUUCUAAAGUACUAACCACACCCUUUGACGUGUACGCAACCCUGCGUCACAUCCUUUCGUAUCCAAGUUAUCCGAGCGGGAUAACAACUGGUCAAAGCCUGCUUAACAGGAUUGACAAAGAGAAUCGCACAUGCGAAAAUGCUGGUGUUGAGGAACAUUGGUGCCCAUGUCUUAACUUUGAAGAAAUUUCGAUCAAUGACCCUUGGAUAGAGAAGUCUGCUGAAUUUAUAAUUAGCUAUAUCAACAAUUUGAUGUUUCAGAAGCACUCCGGAUUGGGAAAACUGUGCCACCAACUUGUUCUAAAAGAAAUAACGCACGGUUAUCGUGACAUGCCAAGCGGGAAAGUGCAGUUCUUGAAGAAGACACAUCGCAACGAGAAAUGUGAUUCUUGUGGGUUGUCGUACGGUAAGAAAUCAGUUAAUACCUUAGCACAGAACACAAUGUAUCACCUACAACUGGAAACAUCGCCAAAUGAUGCAUUUUAUGAAGCAACGGUUAAAAUGAAGGAGGGCGAGCCAUCACUUGUAGGAGACAUUAGUCGUAUCAAUGCUUAUAGUGAUCAGCCGCAUUGUAUCAUGGACAGUUUUCCGCUUUUACGGAAGUAUUGUUAUUGCUUGCGACAGCGGUCGAGAUGAUUAAAUUUGCAAUGAGACAGAGACUUGUUUCAAUGAAUGUUCGACGCCUUUUUAUUCGAGUUCAGGUUUAUUUAAACCCGUGGUGAAUACCUACAAAGAGUUUUAAAGAAAUAAUCUUCACUUGAACUCCGGUUUGGGUUUUAGUCGACGAUAACUGAAGCACGACAAAUGGGUAGUAAGAAUGAGCAUGGCAAAAAAGAUAACAAGUAACUUGGAGUCUUGUGAAAAAAAACGCUUAAUCGAAGUAGGCUAUUGGUAACUGGUUUAGAAGUACUUAAUAACGUUUGUUUAAAAAAAUAACAAAAGAAAAGAAAACAAAGAAAAGGGGACUAAAAUUAUUGAAGAGGAACAAAAGAUCAUUUUUAUAGUAAUAUCAAUAGUGAUUUCGUAAAACUUUUGACAAUAAAAAUGAACUGUAAAAUACGACGUUUCGACCAAAUUUUAAAUUUUUUUUUAAUAAACUUCUAAUUAUUUCUUCUCUUU